GCAGCCGGCUGCUUAUCCAUUGGCGCUACGGAAGCAAGCGGCCACCAUGGCGCCAGCGCCUCCCCCAAACCUCCGCUAAACCCCGCGGCCAUGCCCGCCGGCUCCUCGUCCUCCACCACCGCCGCCGCCUCCCAAAAUGCCUCCUCCGCCCACGGCCAAGCCACACCCGAACCCUCCGCCCCUCCUCCUCCUCGCCCCCCUUCGCUCCCCGCCCGCGCGCCACCUGGCCCCGCGGUGCAGGCGCCUCAGCUCCUCCACGACCUGCGUGGCCGUCUCGCCGUCGCCGCCGUCGGAGGCGUCUUCUUCGGCCUCCGCGACGCCCUCCGACACGAGCGCGGCGCUGCGGGCGCUCUGCGCCCACGGCCAGCUGCCGCAGGCGCUCUGGCUGCUCGAGUCCUCCCCGGAUCCGCCCGACGAGGACGCCUACGUGGCGCUCUUCCACCUCUGCGAGUGGCGCCGGGCCGCGGACGCCGGGAUGCGCGCCUGCGAGCACGCCGACGCCGCGCACCCCAGCUUCGGCCUCCGCCUCGGCAACGCCAUGCUCAGCAUGCUCGUCCGCUUCGGCGAGGCGUGGCACGCCUGGGGCGUGUUCGCCAAAAUGCCCGAGCGGGACGUCUUCUCCUGGAACAUCAUGGUGGGCGGCUACGGCAAGGCCGGGUUCCUGGAGGAGGCGCUCGACCUCUACCACCGGAUGCUCUGGGCCGGGGUCAGGCCCGACGUCUACACGUUCCCCUGCGUGCUGCGCACCUGCGGGGGCGUCCCCGACUUGAGGAUGGGGAGGGAGGUGCACGCCCAUGUCCUCAGGUUCGGGCUCGGGGCCGAGGUCGACGUGCUCAAUUCGCUCGUGACCAUGUAUGCCAAGUGCGGGGACGUCAGGGCUGCGCGGAAGGUGUUUGACGGUAUGGCCUUGACGGACUGCAUCUCGUGGAACGCCAUGAUUGCUGGGCAUUUUGAGAAUCAUGAGCGCGAGGCGGGGCUGGAGUUGUUUUUGAGCAUGCUGGAGAAUGAGGUGCAGCCGAAUCUCAUGACGAUAACCAGCGUGACUGUUGCGUCCGGAUUGCUGUCUGACCUUGAUUUUGCAAAGGAAAUACAUGCUUUAGCGGUAAAAAGAGGUUUUGCUGCUGAUGUCGCGUUCUGCAACUCUUUGAUUCAGAUGUAUACUAGUCUUGGGAGGAUGGGGGAAGCAUGCACAAUAUUCUCAAGAAUGGAGACCAGAGAUGCCAUGUCAUGGACAGCCAUGAUAUCAGGAUAUGAGAAAAACGGCUCCCCUGACAAAGCUCUUGAAAUGUAUGCACUGAUGGAAGUAAAUGAUGUAAGUCCUGAUGAUGUCACUAUAGCAAGCGCUCUUGCUGCCUGUGCUUCCUUGGGGCGAGUAGAUGUUGGCAUCAAGCUGCAUGAGAUUGCUACGAGCAAGGGCUUCAUCAGGUACAUUGUAGUUGCCAAUGCACUCCUUGAAAUGUAUUCAAAGUCCAAGCACAUUGAUAAAGCUAUUGAAGUUUUUAAGUACAUGCCUGAAAAGGAUGUAAUAUCAUGGAGUUCAAUGAUCGCAGGCUUUUGCUUUAACCAUAAGUGCUUUGAGGCUCUGUUCUGUUUCCGGCAUAUGCUGGCCGAUGUAAAACCCAAUUCUGUUACUUUCAUUGCUGCUUUUGCUGCUUGUGCUGCUACUGGGUCUUUGAGGUGGGGUAAAGAGAUCCAUGCACAUGUUUUAAGGCGAGGUCUGUCAUCUGAAGGUUAUGUACCCAAUGCUCUUCUGGACUUGUAUGUGAAAUGUGGGCAGACAGGCUAUGCUUGGUCGCAGUUCAGUGUACAUGGUGAAAAGGAUGUUGUAUCUUGGAAUAUCAUGCUUGCUGGUUUUGUUGCUCAUGGACAUGGAGAUAUUGCUUUAUCAUUCUUCGAUGAGAUGUUAGAAACUGGAGAGCAGCCGGAUGAAGUUACAUUUGUUGCUCUAUUGUGUGGUUGUAGUAGGGCUGGAAUGGUUAGUCAAGGUUGGGAACUUUUUCACCGCAUGACUGAGGAAUACUCAAUUGUUCCAAAUCUCAAGCACUAUGCUUGCAUGGUGGAUUUACUGAGCCGUGUUGGGAGAUUAACAGAAGCUCACGAUUUCAUAAAUAGAAUGCCUAUCACACCAGAUGCUGCUGUAUGGGGAGCCUUGUUGAACGGAUGUCGGAUACACCGGCAUACUGAACUUGGCGAGCUUGCUGCGAAAUUUGUCCUUGAGUUGGAACCUAAUGAUGCUGGAUAUCAUGUUCUUUUGUCUGAUUUAUAUGCUGAUGCUGGAAAGUGGGCUGAAGUGGCUAGAGUGAGAAAAACCAUGCGAGAGAAGGGAUUGGAGCAAGACUAUGGGUGUAGCUGGGUUGAGGUUAAAGGAGAUAUACAUGCAUUUCUUACAGAUGAUGAAUCACACCCGCAGAUCAAAGAAAUAAAUGCCGUUCUACAUAGCAUAUAUGAGAGGAUGAAAGCAUCUGGUUUUGAUUCUGUUGAAUCUUAUUCUUUGGAAGAUAAAGAAGUAUCCAAGGAUGACGUUUUAUGUGGCCACAGUGAAAGACUAGCUGUUGCUUUUGGUCUGAUCAAUACCACACCUGGCACCUCUAUUUUUGUCACAAAGAACCAGUACACUUGCCAGAGCUGUCACGGUAUAUUGAGUAUGAUUUCUAAGAUUGUUCGCAGAGAGAUAACUGUCAGGGACACCAAAGAAUUCCACCAUUUUAGGGAUGGAAGUUGUUCGUGCGGAGGUUCAGGCUAAGAAGACUACAAUAUGCGGCCAUGUGCUCAUACUCACCUCAGUUCUGAAUCACCAGUACAUAACUCUUUUCCAGCAAGCAUUGUGAACUUGAUAUAUAUAGUCAUUAGCAAGUAGAAGGAUAGUUUCGAUAUGGCAAUAUGCCCACCACCAGCCUGCUUACUACUUAGAUAAACAUAGCUUAUGUUUUGGGUUAUAUGUGGAAGCUCCACACAAAUUUACAGCUUGGUGCAUGACAAAAGAUGGUGAAAAGUUAUCCGAGAUGCUGGGAAUUCAGUUCCAACAUACCUUGACCUCACAGAAAUCCCCUGAAGUAAUGCUUCUUGGAGAUGAUAUUUGCUUCCAACAACUUGCCAAAAGAAAUAUCAAGUAAGCUUAUUCCAGCAAGGAAGGGCAGACUAUUGGAUUGCAUGCUGUUUUGCCGAAUAGGAGUAACUGUAAUUGUAAGGCCUGUCAAAUUUCAACUAUAGGUUGUAUAAUGGUGGAGCUACACUUUUUCCUGGUUUUAUGUUAGUAAUACUGUACUUUAUAUGCCAGUGUGGACUGAGCACCAGCUCAGUGAUAGGGGCAUUGUCUAGAACUCUGCCGGGUUUGAGCCCUCCCAGGAGCAAACAUUGCAACCUAGUUUCUCCCUUGUAAUUGAAAAACAUGAAGCUAAGGCAUUCAGAAUAAAAUAAAAAACAGAUUAGUGACUUGAAUUACUAGCAAGUAGAAGGACAGCUUCGACAUGGCAACAUGCUCACCAGCAGGCUGCUUGCUGCUUAAAUAAACAUACUCCCUCUGUCCCUUAAUAUAAGACGUUUUUGCAGUUCUGAGACAGGUAGUAGCUUAUAUUUUGGGUUAUAUGUAGAAGCUCCAUGCAACUUUACAGCUUGGUAUAUGACAAAAGAUGGUGAAAAGUUAUCCAAGAUGCUGGGAAUUCAGUUCCAACAUAUCCUGACCUCACAAAAAUCUCCCAAAGUGAUGUUUCUUGGGAAUGAUAUUUGCUUCCAACAACUUGCCAAAAGAAAUAUCAAGUAAGCUCAUUCUAGUAAGGAAGGGCAGAGUAGUGGAUUGCAUGCUGUUUUGUUGAAUAGGGGUAACGUAAUUGUAAUGCCUGUCAAAUGUCAACUAUAGUCUGUAUAAUGGUGGAGCCAUUGUUUAUAAGGCGGUAAAGCGACCUAAGGUGAGCACCACCUGCCCUAACGCCUAGGCGGCCCCUAAGCGCCUAAAACGGGCAUAUUUCUAAGGCGCUACCAGGGCGCCUUAUUGCUUAAGCGUCUAAAGCGGGUCGCCUUACAAACAAGAGGUGGAGCUGUACUUUUUUUUGCUGGUUUUAUGUUAAUAAUAGUGUAUGCAUGAAACUAAGCACUUCAGUGUUUUGAGAUGACUUGAUAUGCCAGUGUGGACUGAGCGCUAGCUCAGUGGUAGGGGCAUUGUUUAGUGCUCCAACUCAGCCGGGUUUGAGCCCUCACGGAAGCAAAUUUUGCAACUGAGGUUCGCACUUGUAAUUGAAAAACAUGAAGCCAAGGAAUCUAGAAUGAAAUAAAAAUAGAUUUGUGACUUGAAUUACACUUGGACCUAAGAUGUCCAGAAACCUUGAAAAUGUGAAGGACACCUCCUCGGUGACUUAUUUAAGAACUGUCAGAAUGCUAUUUUUUUGCUUUUUUGCAACAGUCAGUAUGGUUGCCAAGACUGACCUGCGUCAGAUUUUGCAGCAUAGUCUCCAACCAGUUUGGCAAGUGGGCCAAAAGUAUAUUCACAACUUUAUGCUCAUAACUAAAGUGAUCUUGACUUCUUUCAUUUUGACAUGUAUCUCUCACAAGUUACAACACAUAAUGUAAUUGUUUCAUCUCAUUUGUCAUAUUUCAGCACAUUAUACUGAUGGAUUAGUACUGGCCCUAUAGAGAUGUUUGGGUCUUGACAUUGGGAUAGUUUAUUGUGCUUGUUUCAGCAACAGUGCUUGGUCAGGACCAAACCUCCCUGAGAAGCUGAGAGCACUUUGUAUUUGAGCGCAUUUAUACUAGUGGAUUAAUGCCAACUCUUGUUGGGUCAAUGUAUGAAAUAUUUCUUGAGAAUCCUGUGUUCAGUUACAACAGUGACAUCCACAGAACAAAGGUAUCCAUAUAUGUUUUCAGACACCAAAGCUGAUUUAUGCUGGAGCUGAGGUUUGCAAAGGAACUCCUAAAUCCUACUCCCUCUGUAAACUAAUAUAAGACGUUUUAGGUCACUUAAGUAGUGAUCUAAAACGCCUUAUAUUAAUUUACAGAGUGAGUAAUAAUCUUUGGAAAAUGUGCAUAUGGAUUGUAUUUCACACUUCAGUUUAGAAGUUUUCUUACAGAAAAGGUAUCAUUAUGUUGAGUAGGGAACAACAAGUAGCUGACACUGUUGCAAUCCAAACCUUGGCAGCUGAUACAAUAGUGUGGAUCACCACUUGCAAUUUUUCUGUGUAAACUGAACUGUCCAUCGGUGUACUUAUUUUUGUACUACUGUGUAAUUCUGUAUCUACUUAUUAUUGUACUGUAUAAUUCUAUACCCUUUAACUCAUGUGCCUGAAGCUGCUACUAAAAUCUCAAGACAACCGCUACGCAGUGCUACUGCCUAACCAUAUGUACAGCGUAUGUCUGCCUAACCAGAUGUACUGUAUUAUUAUUUUUUUGAAUAGAAAGGGGUUUCCCCCCUGCCCCACUUUUAUUAAAUAAGGAAUAGAGCCCAAACCAUUAACAAAUCCAGUUCAAAGCAUCUAGGAAGACACAAUCCCACCUGGGAACCGAGGAAACUAAAACAGACAUCACCUAGGGAGCAGAAACCUCCGAGCCUGACAGUAAAUUUUAUUACAGAGAGGUAUGUCAUCACAAUAUUUUAUAAUACCGAGUUUUUCUGUGUCAAUAUAUGAAAUAUUUCUUGAGAGCUCUGUGCUCAGCUACAACAGUGACAUCCACAGAACAAAGGUAUACAUAUAUGUUUUCUGACAGAAAAAAUAUAUUUGUUGAGUGGGGAAUGACAAGUAGCCGACUGUUGUAAUCCAAACCUUGGCAGCUGGUACAAUAUUGUGGAUCGCUACUUGCAAGUCUUCUCUGUAAAUUGAACUGUCCAUCAGUGUACUUAUUAUUGUACUGUGUAACUCUGUACACUUUAACUCUUGUGCUCGCUGCUGCUAAAAUCUCAGUACAACCGUUACACAAUGCUACUGUCUAACCAUAUGAAGAUUGUAUAUGUAGAGGGAAUCUUCAUCAGGUUGUACCCUCUGAUGCUUCUUAGCACCUAAUCGAACUUGCGCAGGUCCUUUGUUCUUACUUGACAAUCAAGUACAUUGUUGAUCGUCAAAGAGAAACGUGUUCCAGUUACUCGUCAAUUCAUGGUGUUUGAUGCAACCUGUAGGUUUUAUAACGAUGUUAUGCUAGAAGGUGUAACAUGGAACCCCACAGUUGUCAUGCCUAGUUAUCACAUUGGCUGGUUGAGGAUCUUUGGCGAACCCUUGUACUGUCAAUUGUCAUUGAAUUAUGCUAUCUUGUUGAUCCUGCAGCUGAUGCAUUAUAUACUGAUUCUGAACCUUUUUCUUUCUUUUUUUCAGAUGCAUGGGGAGCAUUAUUCAGAAAUCACCAACACUUUGUGCCGCUACCAGAGUUUGUCUGUGUAUGAAUGAACAUCCCAUGAUUUCAGGUGAUGCUCCUGCAGUCCCAUUUAACAUCAGAUUACAACACAGGUGAUGCUCCUGCAGUCAUGUUUACCAAUCCAUCCUUGACCGAAAUAAGAUCUCUAUAAAAAACUGUGGCAUCAAGAGACAUGCAUGUAACAAACAAGCAGUAGCAUUGGGGAAACUCAAGAUACUCUUAGGCAUAUGGUCCAGACAUGAAAAAAUCCCAACGGGACCAACUAACAACCAGGGAAACUAAUGCUACACUAAACACUGUACAAUCUAUCUAUUACUAUAAUUUCUACAUAAUUGUUAGGCCAUGGGCGCACCGCAGCCAUCUAGUGCCGUCGACAUCGAAAGGGCGGCCAAUCCUGGAUCUACAGGCAACAAUAAAUGGUGGAUAAGAAGCCUGACAUGGAAGAAGAAGAGAGGAGGAAAAUUCAGCAGCACAAGAGAGCAUCGAUUGGCCUCCCUUUCGGGCUAGCAGGAUCCGUACGUGGGAGCGAGGAAUUGAAUGGGGCGUGCCAAUGCCAUGCAGAUUAUGCAAGCAAGCGAGCGAGCACAUCAAUUGCAUGCUGGAACAGUUGGUUGUUGCUCCAAUCCAUGUUUGUUCUGUAUCCUCUUUUUCAUGAGCUUCUAGAACGUCUUUUUGUGUGUGUGGUUGUGACUUUUUUUUGUGUGUGUGUAUGUGUGUGUGGUUGUGACUUCUGGGAAUAGUACUACGUACAUGCAUUCAACCCAUUUUAUUGUCUAGGGCGGUUGGCAACAUUUAUGGGUUGUUGAUUCAUGCGUUGUAGUAUCACUGAUGUAGGAGGCGUGUGAGUUUUGUUUGGCCUGAUUUCUUUUUAUUUCAUGUCUACGAAUUUUGAUGAUUUUUGCAAUAAAAAUUCAUUUUAUAGUCUA